AUGCCGUCCAAGGAAUUGAGCAGGCGUGCAUACAAAGGUCAAUUAACCUCUGUCCGGAAGAUUGUGGAAAAGUACCAGAGAGAUCCUGAGAAUUUGGAAGAUGGCCAAGCUGAGACUGAGUUAAUAGCACAGAGAGAUAUGGUCGGGAUUAUCGAGGGAAAAUUUAAGGCUGUGCAAUCCGAGAUUAUCGCUUCAGCAGCCCCUGAAGACAAAGAAAAGGAACAGGAAGAGUUUCUAACCUUCAUGGAUGAAUGUCUUCAGGUGGAACAGGAACUUAGUCAGUUAAUCGCCGCAAUUACCACUCAGAAGAGAGGUUAUAAUGCAGCUGGUGAAGCUUCAGGGCUGAAUACAUCAUCUGAGAAUCAAACUGUCCAGCAAAUGCUCUCACUGAUGCAACAACAGCUGCAAGAACAAAGAUUGCAACGAUUGAGUGAAGAAAGUAAGCUGAAGGAGCUUCUACAAAAUCAACGGAAGGAAGUUGAGACUUUACUGGAAGCUUCUCGAAAUAAUUUGACAGCAACGCUCGAGAACUCCGAUAUUCUUGAUGUCUCUGACCACAGUGCAAAGCUGGAACCAAUCAAAAUUCCCACUUUUUCCGGGGAUUAUUGCGAAUGGAUGACAUUCAAAAAUCUUUUUAUCUCAUCUGUAGAUAAAAAUAUAAGACUGUCAAAAUCCCAAAAGAUGCAAUACUUGAGAAAUUCUACAAGUGGAGAAGCACUUGGACUCUUCGGUAGUCUCCCAAUCACUGACGAGAAUUACACCAUCGCUUGGGGUCGUCUUGAGAAGAGAUACAACAACAAGAUGAUCAUCAUUUCUGCGUUCAUGGAUAAAUUCCUGAAUCAGCCCACCAUUACUAAGUCUGAUGUCACUGCUCUACGGAAGCUGCAAUCCACAACUUCUCAGGCUUUGGAAGCUGUGGAUGCAUUGGGAGUUUCAUCAAGAGAUCCAUGGCUGAUUCAUUUGGCGCUGAAACAUUUGGAUCAUCAAACUCAGACGCAAUGGAGUGAAAAGUGCCCAGACUCCAUUCCUACCUGGACAGACUUUGACGAGUUUCUUGAGAAACGCUGCAGGAGCCUUGAGAGCUGCCCAAUCACACAAAAGAGGAAUAGACCUACUCCUAACACAUCUGCCACCCUAAGUUGUUCCGGGGCAUCUGGGGGAGUAAAGUCCAAUGUCUUGUUUGCAACCGCAAUUGUUAGAAUCCAAGGGCCAAACAAUCAUGUCGAAUCUUGCCGUGCUGUGCUAGAUCCAGCUUCCCAAAUCAAUAUCAUUACUACGUACAUGUGUCAGAGGCUAAGAUUAGUCCCCAAACGUACUAAUUUCAUGAUUGAUGGGGUAGGAUCCAUUAUGCAAACUGGCCACCAGGAGGUGCAGGUGAACCUGCAAUGUAAAUUUGAGUCUUCCCAAGAAGUUGAAGCAAUUCAUUGCAUUGUCAUGCCCAAAGUAGUUGGCGAGCAACCCAAUUUUGCUGUUGAUAUGAGCCAAAUUGCAAUUCCAUCUCAUGUUACUUUAGCUGAUCCAAUGUGGUUCAAGUCUCAAAAGAUCGACCUCUUAAUUGGCGGAGGCUUGGCGUGGUCGCUUAUGAAACCCGAUAGAAUCAAGCUAGGAGAGGGAUUGCCCUUACUGCAAGACAGCAUAUUUGGUUGGCUGGUCGUAGGCCCAUGUCCCCCUGCCUUCGAUCAUACUCACGCUUCAUGUCACCUCACGACACUCACCAGUAUUGAACGUACGAUUCGCAAGUUUUGGGAGAUCGAAGAGGUGCCAAAGGAAGUCACAACUCAUUCCGAGUAUCAGGAUGUUGAAGGUAAUUUUUCAGCCACAACCUAUCGACAUCCCAAUGGUAGAUAUGUCGUGCAGCUGCCAUUAAAUGAGAAUGUCCAGAACUUGACCAACAAUCGUCAGCUGGCACUCAGGCAAUUAAACUAUCUUACCAAGAGACUAGAAAAGAGUCCUAAGUUGAUGAUGGAGUACGAUGCAAUCUUCAAGGAGUACUUGUCCCUUGAUAUUAUCGAAAGAGUCCCUGCCCAGGAACUGGAGAAUCGGUCGUAUUAUUUCCCUCACCACUGUGUGAUCAGAGAGUCCUCUUCCACUACCAAAGUGCGAAUCGUUUUUAACGGUAGCUCAAAGUCUAAGUCUGGAUUGAGUCUCAACGAUUGCUUGUUGGCUUGCCCUACUGUUCAGCCUACACUUCUGUCUAUCCUGUGGAGAUUUAGAAUGCACGAAGUUGUGCUUACCUGCGACAUCGUAAAGAUGUACCUGCAGGUGCUCCUAAACCCUCUACAUAGAGACUUUCAGAGAUUUUUAUGGACGGACAGGGGAGAAAUUGUUGAUUACCGAUUCCGUACAGUUUGCUUUGGAGUAUCAGUAUCCCCAUAUUUAGCUACUAAGGUGCUGAUGCAGUUAGCGGAAGAAUAUGAAGAGAUUUACCCCAUUGCUGCUUCCAUUUUGAGAAAAAAUUUCUUGUGGAAUCCGGUCAUUGAUGCAUUCCAAUUUCGUGUAUCAGGAAGUUUGCAAUCGGAGACUUGGACUAAGCGACAGUUAUUGUCUACUGUGGCGAGGAUCUUUGAUCCGUGUGGCUUAAUAGGCCCAAUCAUAACUUCUGCAAAGCUGUUGAUCCAAAUAGCUUGGACCAAGCCUAUUGGAUGGGAUGAUCCCAUUCCAGAUGAUCUUCUAACUGAGUGGAAAGCUUUCAUCGUGGAUUUGACAGAUAUUAGCCAAUUACGCAUUCCGAGGUGGAUUUCUACGAUUUCGAAUCCUUCUCACAUGGAGUUGCAUGCCUAUUGCGAUGCAAGCAUGAUGGCCUACGGUGCUUCAAUAUAUCUUGUCUACGAGGAUAGUCAGUGUAACAGAUCUUCUGGACUGCUUGUGGCUAAAUCAAGACUCACUCCAAUCAAGGGAAAACAUGAUUGCACAAGGACUCUCACCAUACCUAAGGCUGAGCUUUGCGGCGCAGAAUUAGCCGCGCAGUUGAUGAGUACAGUAUCUGAGGCAUUAAAAAUUUCCAAUACAUUCUUCUGGACAGAUUCUAUGGUGGUUUUGCAUUGGAUAUAUGCUCCACAUGGAAGAAAGGACACGCUUGUGAGGAAUAAAGUUUCCAAGAUAUUGAGUUCAUCACACUCCCAUCAGUGGAGACAUGUCAAAACUUCGGAAAACCCAGCCGACAUGAUAUCUCGUGGAAGCAAGGUGAAGAGUUUGUUGGAUAACUCAAUGUGGUGGCAUGGGCCAAGUUGGCUUCUUCAGGGUCCGUCGGAAUGGCCACCCGAAUUCUCACCUACAAGUCAUCUUGACUUUCGUCCUACGAUGGUGACUUGUUCUGAAGUGUCUGCAAAAAGACCAUGGCUAAGCAUUUAUGAAGCCCUAAUGUUGCAUUGCAGCUCAUUUGUCAAAGCUACACGAGUACUGGCUUGGGUAUUGAGAGGAGUUCAACGUUUCAGAUCCAGACGUCAACGUGUAACUCGAAGCACGUCUUGUGCUAUUCCUGAUCAUCUGCAAGUUGCUGAACUGAGGACAAGCGAGAUGUUGCUAGUCUCUUGGGAUCAGGCGUCUCAUUUCAAGGACGUGCUGGCAUUGUUGAAGUCAAAUCAACUGAACAAAAUCACAUUACCCAUCCGAAAACUUUCUCCAUUCAUUGAUCACUAUGGGAUUUUGCGUGUUGGUGGUCGCCUGAAAAAUUCAGAGCAGUCUUUUGAAACUUGCCACCCUGCGCUCAUCGGAAAUGGAAAACUUUCGGAGUGGAUUGCUCAAAGAGAGCAUCAGCGUCUCUUGCAUGCUGGGCCUCAGCUAACGCUGUCGUCCAUCAGAGCAAAAUUCUGGCCACUGAAAGGGCGCAAUUUGGUUCGCAGCAUCAUUCAUCGGUGUACUACGUGUAUACGAGCAAAGCCUCAAUGUGCCGAACAGUUAAUGGGAGACUUGCCGUCAUCCAGAACUACACUUUUGCGUCCCUUUCUUCACACCGGAAUGGACUUCACGGGUCAUAUUCUGAUCAAGAGAUCGCCCAGAGGAUCUGUUGCUGAAAAGGCCUAUGUAGUGGUAUUCAUUUGUAUGUCCACUAAAGCAGUUCAUUUGGAGCUGAUCACUUCAUUGUCUUCGGCGGCCUUCAUUGCAACAUUCAGAAGGUUCAUUGCUAGAAGAGGGCUUCCCGCGCAUAUUUAUAGCGAUAACGGGACUAACUUCGUGGGCGGUGAAAAGGAGCUUCGGAAUUUGCUUCGCAAUCACAAUGUGCAACAAGAUCUAGCCAACUUCUCCUCCACUUUGCAUGUGCAGUGGCACUUCAACCCACCAGGAGCCCCUCACCAAGGAGGUUUGUGGGAGGCAGCUGUGAAGUCUUUCAAGACUCACUUCACGCGUGUGGUUGGAAAUGUCCGCCUGACAUAUGAAGAAUUAAACACAAUCAUUGUGCAAAUAGAAGCUGUGCUUAAUAGCAGACCACUCAUUGCCCUCAUGGACGACCCCAAUGAUCCCCGAAGCCUCACUCCUGGAGACUUUCUUGUUGGAAAUGCCCCAACGCAGCUUCCUGUUGAUCCUGGAGAUGUGGUGAACAUCGAUCACUUGAACCGAUGGAGACUGUGUUCAAAACUUCAACAUGAUCUCACUACCAGAUGGAAAAAUGACUACCUUCACACACUACAACAACGCAAUAAAUGGAACAAGGAAACCCCUAACUUCACCGAAGGCGAUGUAGUGCUGUUGAAGACUGAGAACAUGUCAAGUUUGGAGUGGCCAUUGGGACUGGUGGUAGAUGUGUUUCCGGGGAGCGAUGGUAAAGUUCGUGUGGCACAAUUGAGGGUUCGCGGAAAGUUAAUCACACGACCUAUCACAAAGCUUAUCAAAUUGCCCGUUGAUGAAUCUUAA